GCCCGGCGUGCUGCGGACCGUCCUCGUCCACGUUCGGUUCGCUCUCUGGCGCGAGAGUCCGGCUCUUUGCGGGGGUGAAAUGACAAUGGAUGCCAUCUUGGCGCGACUGAAACUCCUGAAUCCCGAUGACCUUAGAGAAGAAAUUGUGAAAGCCGGAUUGAAAUGUGGACCCAUUACAUCAACCACAAGGUUCAUUUUUGAGAAAAAAUUGGCUCAGGCUUUAUUAGAGCAUGGAAGAACACUGCCUUCACAUCCUCCUGGCCUCGACACCUCAGGUGCCACUACUCUAAGCCAAGAUGCACAAAGGAUUUUGAAGUCUGCUGUAGGGAGCCAGGUUGAGCAGGUCGGCUUGUCUGAAGACAGAGAUUUUGGCUAUAGCAUGGGCUUGAAUCCUCCAGAGGAAGAUGUCGUGACAUCUAAGACCUGCUCCAUGACCUUCAGUGCCGCCACUGGGGUCAAUGGCCACAAAGCUGUAGCGAGGGCGCCUACGGAGCCGCCUCUGUACUACGGGGUGUGCCCGGCGUACGAGGACACCCCAGCGAGAAAUGAAAGGAUUCAUGUUUAUGAAGAUAGAAAGGAAGCAUUACAAGCUGUCAAAAUGAUCAAAGGAUCUCGAUUUAAAGCUUUUUCAAGUAGAGAAGAUGCUGAGAAAUUUGCUAGAGGAGUUUGUGAUUAUUUCCCUUCUCCAAGCAAAGCCUCUUCACCACUUUCUCCUGUGAAAAUAGCACCGUUCUUUAGCAGCGGUGGACUGAAAGAUGGUUUGUACUCCUCUGAGUCAGAAACUAUAAACAGAGAACGGGCAAACAGUUAUAAAACCCCCCGUACUCAGGAUCUCACUGCCAAACUUCGAAAAGCUGUGGAGAAGGGAGAAGAAGACAUUUUUUCUGAUCUCACCUGGAGUAACCCCCGGUAUCUGAUUGGUUCAGGGGACAAUCCAACCAUCGUGCAGGAAGGAUGUAGGUACAACGUUAUGCAUGUUGCUGCCAAAGAGAACCAAGCUUCGAUCUGCCAGCUGACUCUGGAGACCCUGGAAAACCCUGAGUUUAUGCGGCUCAUGUACCCAGACGAUGACCCGAACAUGCUGCAGCAGCGCAUUUGUUACAUCGUGGACCUGUAUCUGAACACUCCUGACAAAGCGGGCUAUGACACACCGUUGCACUUUGCUUGUAAGUUUGGGAAUGCAGAUGUGGUCAACGUGCUUUCUUCACACCCUUUGAUUGUAAAAAAUCCAAGGAAUAAAUAUGAUAAAACUCCUGAAGAUGUCAUUUGUGAAAGAAGCAGAAAUAAGUCUGUGGAACUGAAGGAGCGGAUUAGAGAGUACUUAAAGGGCCACUACUACGUGCCACUCUUGAGAGCCGAGGACACAUCCUCUCCAGUGAUUGGGGAGUUGUGGUCUUCAGACCAGACGACCGAGACCUCUCACGUCGGCCAUGGUGGAGGCGGCCCCAGAGACCCUGUUCUGACCUUGCGAGCCUUUGCAGGGCCCCUGAGCCCAUCCAAGGCAGAAGAUUUUCGCAGGCUCUGGAAAACGCCGCCUCGAGAGAAAGCAGGCUUCUUUCACAAUGUCAGGAAGACGGAUCCAGAAAGAGGCAUCGAGAGGGUGGGAAGGGAGCUGGCUCAUGAGCUGGGGUAUCCCUGGGUCGAAUACUGGGACUUUCUGGGCUGUUUUGUUGAUCUGUCUUCCCAGGAAGGUCUGCAAAAACUAGAAGAAUAUCUCACUCACCAGGAAGCAGGCAAAAAGGCCCAACAGGACUCAGGAGAAAAUGAGGCCUAUCAUCAGGAGAGCCCCUCUGCCCUUGGCCGUGCUCGGAAGUGCAGCAAUUCCAUCUCUGUGAGGGCAUUUCUGGAUGAAGACGAUGACUUGAGCUUGGAGGAGAUUAAAAAUCGACAGAACACGGCUCGAAACAACACCCAGCCCACAGUUAGCGCUUUUGGGGACUCGAAGUGUGACAUCCUUCCCUUGGAGCAGGAGACCAACCUUAUAGAAGCCUCCACCCUGACCAGUCCCCACAGCAGCAAGAAUGGGUUCUGUAGCCCCCUGAGCGGCAGCAGGACCCUGGGCAGGAAGAGGCCAGAGGCCCCCGGCACAGGGGAAGCUCUCAUCUCACCGGUCUCAGGCUUAAUGGUCAAGUUCGAUAAACUGAAUUUGCAAGGUCUAGAAAGUAAUUUUUCUAAGACACCAAGUAAAAAUAUGAAAACCAGAGACAAGAGCUUGACGUCAAGAGUGGAUGCAGUCGAGAGUGACUUGUUAGAGCCGCCUGCUGCUGACACGCUUAGAAACAACCAAACCAGGACAGAAAGCGAAAUGUCAGCCAAAAUGGCUAAGAUACGUCUGGGUCCCGACACUCCUGUGCAUGAGGCUCAGCAGAACUGUGGUUCCGUGUCCUCAGAGCCCUCAGGGAUCUCCGCUACGAAGGAGCCUGUCCAGAGGCUCUUCCUUUUUGGAGAGGAGCCGUCAAAACUGGAUCGAGAUGUUUUGGCAGCUCUGGAGUGUGCAGACGUGGACCCUCAGCAGUACCCAGCCGUCCACAGAUGGAAGAGUGCCAUCCUGUGCUACUCCCCCUCUGACAGACAGAGUUGGCCAAGUCCUGCGCUGAAAGGGAAGCUGGAGUCUCAGCAGCUGGAUCUUGGUUGUCCCCACAGCUGCAGCCCGGGGAGAAGCCCCGGGAAGCCCGGGCCCGCACCCCACUCCCCGGGCCUGGGCAGCCCUGGGCGCUAUAGCCCCGCAAAUGGGAGCCACCUCCGCAGAAUGGCGCGCCUGGCCCAGCUCACAGCCUUGUAGAGCUGGGGCAAGCUGCUGGGUGUCUCAUUGUCUUCUUUGUUUUUAAAGGAAGAAGGGUCAUGUGUUUAUUGCUAGAAUUUACCAAAAAGAAUAGAUUCUGAUUAAUUUAUUAGUCCUCAUUUUGAGAG